UUUGUGAAGGAAGGUGCGUGCCCUGCCACAACAUGUUUGAAGAGCUCCUGCAGGUUCCUGCGUUGUCCUCCUUGUUGGGGAUCCUCGCAGGCUUCCUGGUCAUCCACCUUUUGUACUCCAGUUGGACUUUCCAAGGUAAACACACGCAUCCUCCUGGGCCCAGAUGUCUUCCCUUGCUUGGUAACCUGCUUCAGGUGGAUCUCUCCAGGCUUGAUCAGUCCCUUUUUAAGCUGUCUAAAAAGUAUGGACCAGUCUUCACCCUCCACUUGGGACUCAAAAAGAUUGUGGUCCUAGCUGGGAGCAAGACAGUCCGACAAGCUCUCAUAAACCAUGCUGAGGAGUUUGGGGACAGAGAAUCCAGUCCUCUAUUCCAUGAUUUAUCCAAAGGGCAUGGCAUACUAUUCUCCAAUGGCGAUUCGUGGAAGGAGACGAGGCGUUUCACCUUAACAACACUGAGAGAUUUUGGGAUGGGCAAGAGGCUCACUGAGCAGAAAAUCAUUGAGGAGAGUCACUACUUGACUGAGGAGUUUGAAAAACACAAAGGUAAAGCCUUUGACACUACAAUGCUCAUGAGCUACGCAACUUCAAAUAUCAUUUCGGCCAUCGUGUUCGGAAAAAGAUUUGACUACAAAGACCCAGUCCUCCGAGAUAUGGUUAAAAAUGACCAAGAUAUCAUCCAUCUGUCUGGAACGCCUUGCAUCCUGGUCUACUAUGCCUUUCCAUGGCUGGGCCCUUGGCUUCAAGACUGGAGGGAUUUAAAGAAGGUUGAGAAGAAAAGCAGACAGCCUGCAUUGCAGUUAAUAAACCAUCUAAAGGAGACUUUCAACCCUGACAUAUGUCGCUGCUUUGUGGAUGCUUUCUGGAAACGUAAGCUAAAUCUGGAGGCUCCUGCGUUGUCCUCCUUGUUGGGGAUCCUCGCAGGCUUCCUGGUCAUCCACCUUUUGUACUCCAGUUGGACUUUCCAAGGUAAACACACGCAUCCUCCUGGGCCCAGAUGUCUUCCCUUGCUUGGUAACCUGCUUCAGGUGGAUCUCUCCAGGCUUGAUCAGUCCCUUUUUAAGCUGUCUAAAAGGUAUGGACCAGUCUUCACCCUCCACUUGGGACUCAAAAAGAUGGUGGUGCUGGCUGGGAGCAAGACAGUCCGACAAGCUCUCAUCAAUCACCCGGAGGAGUUUGGGGACAGAGAAACCAACCCUUUAUUCUAUGAUUUCAACCAAGGGCAUGGCAUAAUAUUCACCAAUGGCGAAACAUGGAAAGAAAUGAGACGUUUCGCCUUAGCAACCCUGAGAGAUUUUGGGAUGGGCAAGAGGCUCAGUGAGCGGAAAAUCAUUGAGGAGUGUCAAUACCUGACUGAGGAGUUCGAAAAACAUGAAGGUAAAGCCUUUGACACCACAACGCUCAUUAGCUACGCAGCUUCAAAUAUCAUUUCAGCCAUCAUGUUCGGGAAAAGGUUUGACUACAAAGAUCCGGUCUUCCAAGAGAUGUUGGCAAAUGACCAAGAGACCGUCCGUCUGUCUGGAUCAACUUCCAUCCUGCUCUACAUGGUCUUUCCAUGGCUGGGCCCUUGGCUUAAAAACUGGAGGGAUUUAAUGAGGAAUGUGGAAAAUAACAAGCAGUAUUUGUUGCAAUUAAUAAACAAUCUAAAGGAGACUCUCAAGCCUGAUAUAUGUCGCUGCUUUGUGGAUGCUUUCUGGACACGUAAGCUAAACCUGGAGGAGUCUGACAGCCAGGGGUUACAUUACCAUGAUGAAAAUCUGGUCUACAGCGUGAUGAAUCUGUUUGCUGCUGGAACUGACACAACAUCUAACACCCUUCGCUGGGGUCUACUUUUAAUGGCCAAGUACCCCCAAAUACAAGAUCGGGUUCAGGAGGAGCUGAGCAGGGUGGUGGGAGUCCGUCAGGUCCAGAUGGAGGACAGGAAGAACCUGCCUUACACCGACGCAGUCAUCCAUGAGACGCAGAGGAUGGCCAACAUUGUCCCCAUGUCUAUCAAUCACAGCACCAGCAGAGAUGUCACCUUCCAGGGAUACUUCAUCGAAAAGGGGACCAGUGUGCUCCCUCUGCUGACAUCUGUCCUCUAUGAUGAGACUGAAUGGAAGACACCAAACACCUUCAACCCUUCCCACUUCCUGGAUGAGGAGGGUAAAUUCAUCAGGAGGGAUGCCUUCUUACCCUUCUCUGCAGGCCGUAGGGCUUGUCUCGGUGAAGGUCUGGCCCGGAUGGAGCUCUUCCUCUUCUUAACACACCUCCUCCAGCACUUUCGAUUCACCCCCGCACCUGGGAUUUCGGUGGACGAGCUGGAUUUGACACCAGUGGUGGGCUUCACGCUCAGUCCGCCACCUCACCAGCUGUGUGCUGUGAGUCGCCACUGAGGAGGAGAUGUUGGCGGAAAAGCAAAAGGAAAAUCUCAUAGCUUUGCACUUUCCAUGAUCAAACAUCACAGCGGCAUGCGCCUUGGUUAAAAUAUCAAAGGCUGCAUAUGUUUCUACUUUGAAAUGAAAAACUAUGCUAAAAUAGUCUAAUGAUGGCUGAGAAUUGCAACAUUUCAAUGACUCAAAAUAAUCCACAUGGUUAUUUUUCCCAUACUGUAUAUCACAGGUAUCCAAACUUUUCAUAGAAUGAAAGCAUACAAGGGCCACUUUGACAUUUUGUAAGAACAAUGCUAAGAGGUUAUGUAUAGUUGAACAAUAAACUGCAUCUCAGCUUUGUCAUAGCAGUGAAAAAUGAGUGAAAAAAAUCAGUGAAAAAGAUCAACUUCACUCUGUACUUUUGGCCAUUUUUUUUUUACAUUUUCCAAAUAUUUAAAGUUUGUUCUCAAAUAAAUAAUCUUCUAUUAUGGCUUCACUCUCAUAAUAUUUUGAC